AUGGCUUGUUGUGAGCCCGAUUCUCCUGGGGGUACAGUUGAUCAGAGAGGGCCAGGGGAACCGUACCCGGACUGGUACCACCCACAUGUUUCUGACCCUGAUGACCCGACUCCACCACCUGGAUAUUAUCAGCCUCUCUGGGAGGUAGAGGAUAUAAUUCCCAUGGUAGACUCCAACGGUAGUAAAAGGUUAGAGGAUGAUGAAGCUGGGAGUGCUACGGGGCCUAAACUUAACCCGGACAAAGCCGGCCCUAGUGGGACGAAGCCACAGCCUAUCAGAGUAGUGCGCCGUGAUCAGAUAUUAGAGAAGGACCUGCCUCCGAAGAAGAGGCGACGGUUAGUCACAAAGGAGCUGCACACCUAUCAGGCUAUUUUUAAGGAGCUCUGUAAGCUGGGGAGGCAGAUUGACAUCUCCCAGAACCAGUAUGGGUACAUUUACAUGGACUAUUUUUACUACGUACGACUGUUACAUAGUGAUGUCACUAACCAGGACAAGGGAGAGAUAGAUGAGGAGAUGUGGGGACAGGCCUUAGUCAACACUUUGCCAAGGACCCCUGUUUGGCAGGAUCAGAUCCAGUUGAUUAGUGACCAUUCCAAGCAAGACGCCUAUGGAAGCUUUGAUCAGAUCCUAGAUGAAUUUGAGCUUUUUGAACGCGAUGCUGCCAUAGCAGCCGCAGUGACAGCAGCGAUAGCACAGCUGCAACAGGCCGGGCUAAGUGUGGCCGAGGCACCACAACCAGCUCAACCUCAAGAGCCGGCAGCUGAGCAGGUACGACCUGUAGGGGAUCCUGAUUCACUAAGACAGUGGAUCAAACGAUUCAGUGCACAGAAUCCCCCGAGUUUCACAGGGACAUUGAAUGUCCAAGUGGCUGAGGACUGGAUUACUCGGCUAGAGAAGAUUUUUAAUGUGCUUGAAUGUUCUUCUGAGAGAAAAGCUCAGAUGGCUAUCUACAAACUGGAGGGUGAAGCUGAUCGCUGGUGGAAGAACACCGAGAUGAUCCUCCAGGAGAAUGCAACCCCUAUUACCUGGGAAGUGUUCAAGGAACACUUUAAUUUGAAAUACUUCCCACUGUCAGUAAGAGACAAAAAGGAGGUGGAAUUUCUGAUGAUUCAGCAAGGUCCCCGAGAGUCCUUUGAUGAGUACCUAGACAGGUACAUGAGGCUCUCUCGUUACUCUAACUACCUCCAACUCCGCAAUGAUGAGCGGUGGAAAACAGAGAAAAUGAUAAGGGGACUAAGGCAGGAGCUGAGGGAGAAGGUAGCCCCACGGCAACUUGAGAAGUUUAAUCAGGCAGUGGAAGCUUGCCGGAUUACUGAAAGUAGCCUGAACCACCAGGCAGUAGUCAGGGCCGCUCCUAGACCAGAGGGACUAGCAACAAGGGGCGGACCAGAGAGGACUUCUUCUGGAGGAAAUAGAAAGAGGCGAAAGCCUAUGUUUUCUAAGAAGUUUAAACGAGGAGGAGGAGUAAGGCAAGGAGGAAGCAGCACUACGCGCCAGACCAAGGAAUGUAGCAUCUGUGGUAAAAACCACGGAGAUCGACCAUGUUUGAUGGGUCAAAAUGUGUGCUUCCGAUGUGGCAAGCCAGGACACUAUAUAAGGGAGUGCCCCCUUAAUGUGGAUGGCUCAAGGCCCCAAGCUCAAGGGAGGGUCUUUGCCCUCACAAGGGAAGAGGCUGAUAAGUCACCUGAGAUGAUACAAGGUAUGAUUCAAGUUAAUAAUUACUUUGUGUAUGCUAUCUUUGACUCGGGUGCUAGCCACUCCUUUGUUUCAUAUGAAUGCGCGAAGCGCAUAGGCCUUGCUGUUAACACAUUAUUAUAUGAUCUAUGUGUGGCUACUCCUACGGGCACUAAAGUUUAUACGUCUGAUGUUUGCCUAAAUUGUAUUGUCCGGUAUGGCCACUGUUGCACUACACUUGACCUAAUAUGUAUGCCUUUUCAUGAGAUUGAUGUGAUACUUGGUCUGAAUUGGCUGUCUACCCAUAAUAUACUCCUUGACUGUAAGAAUAGGACUUUGAUUUUUCCUCCUCAUGAGCUAACCCCUCGUACCGAGGUGAAACUGAACUUGAUUACGGGAGCCCAAGCCAAGAAUUGCCUAAGACAUGGCUGUCAGGGGUACGUGGUAUUCUUCUCUGUACAUGCAGAAGUGGAAGAAGGCAUAACAGAGAUACCCGUGGUAUGUGAUUUUCCGAAAGUCUUUCCGAUAGAAAUUAGCGGGUUACCUCCGGAGCGAGAGGUAGAGUUUGCAAUUGACCUAGUACUUAGGGCAGGGCCAAUUUCCAAAGCCCCAUAUCGUAUGGCUCCAAAUGAAAUGGCAGAGUUAAAGAAGCAAUUAGAGGAACUAUUAGAAAAGAAUUUUAUCCGGCCCAUGUUCUCCAAGAUUGACUUGAGAUCAGGUUACUACCAACUGAGGAUUAAAGCAGAGGACAUUCCGAAGACCACUUUUCAAACACGGUAUUGGCACUAUGAGUUCUUGGAGAAACGGCUAUAUGCCAAACUCAGCAAGUGUGAGUUUUGGCUGAAUGAAGUAAAGUUCUUGGGUCAUGUGAUUACCCAAGAUGGAGUAGCAGUAGAUCCCAGUAAGGUGGAAGCAGUUUUGAACUGGGAGCAACCAAAAACAGUAACAGAAAUACGAAGCUUUCUGGGAUUGGCAGGUUACUAUAGAAGAUUUAUUAAGGAUUUUUCAAGAAUUGCACAGCCCCUGACUAAACUUACACAUAAGAACCAGCAAUUCGUGUGGGAUGAUAAAUGUGAGGCUAGCUUCCAAGAGCUGAAACGAAGGUUGACCUCAACCCCUGUGCUGAUAAUUCCCGAUCCAACCCUACUGUAUGUUGUAUAUACCGAUGCUAGCAAGCAAGGAUUGGGGUGUGUAUUAAUGCAGCAAGGACGAGUAGUCGCCUACGCCUCACGACAGUUAAAGUCUCAUGAAGAGAAUUAUCCCACUCACGACCUAGAAUUAGCUGCAAUAGUUUAUGCCUUAAAAAUCUGGAGGCAUUAUCUAUAUGGGGCAACCCUUGAACUAUAUUGUGAUCAUAAAAGUCUCAAGUACCUGCAGGAUCAAAAAGAACUAAACAUGAGGCAACGACGAUGGAUGGAGUUGCUCAAGGAUUAUGAUUACCAGAUAAAAUACCAUCCAGGCAAGGCUAAUGUGGUAGCUGACGCCUUAAGCAGAAAGGUAGUACAAGUAGCAUUCCUAAUGAUUCAGGAACGAAAACUCAUCAAAGAUGUGAGGGAUUGGGAACCUUUGUUCCAUAUGAAACUAAUGACCCAGAAAGUAGAAGUGACAAGAGCAGAAGCCCAACUGAUAGAGCAAAUCAAAGAGGCCCAGAAGAGCGAUCCGAUAGCUGAUACACUUCGGAUUAAGCUAACAAAAGCUGAGGAUGAAGCGAUCGAGGUGUCACCAGAUGGAAUAUUGAAGUAUAAGGAACGGGUAUAUGUUCCGGAGUCCAUCAGGCAACAGCUAUUGGAGGAGGCACAUAAGAGCAAAUAUACGAUACAUCCGGGAAUGACGAAGAUGUACCAGGACCUCCGACGUAUGUUUUGGUGGCCUGGCAUGAAGAAGGAUAUAACAGAGUAUGUAUCUAAAUGCCUUACUUGCCAGAAGGUCAAAACAGAGCAUCAGAGACCGUCAGGGCUUUUACAUCCUCUAAAUAUUCCGGAAUGGAAAUGGGAUAGUAUCUCCAUGGAUUUCAUCAUGGGGUUACCCCGUACCUCAUCUGGAUAUGACGCGAUAUGGGUGAUUAUUGACCGAUUAACGAAGUCUGCCCAUUUUCUGGCAAUAAAGAAAGAUUACCAACCAGAAAAACUUGCCAAGUUAUAUAUAAGAGAAAUUGUGAGAUUACAUGGAGUGCCAGAGUCGAUUGUAUCUGAUCGAGAUCCUCGGUUUCUAUCCCGAUUCUGGAAGGCACUGCAGCAAGCAAUGGGCACCAAGCUAAGCUUCAGUACAGCAUAUCACUCACAGACAGACGGUCAGACAGAGCGAACCAUACAGAUACUGGAAGAUAUGUUGAGAGCCUAUGUAUUGGAUUUCAAAGGUAAAUGGGAUGACUAUCUGCCGUUAGCAGAAUUUGCUUACAAUAACAGUUAUCACUCCAAUAUGCAGAUGGCUCCGUAUGAAGCUUUGUAUGGUCGCAAGUGCAGAUCCCCACUAUGUUGGACAGAAUUAGGGGAGCGAUAG